ACAGAGAAGGGAUCUACGGAUCUCUUUUUCAGUUCUUAUUUUUUGAAAUUCUUUCAAUUGUUUGAGAUGGGUAUGCAGUGGUUUUGUGGAUUGGUGGUUCUUCUGAGCUGGGUGGCGUUGCUGGGUUGUGUUCAUGGGGAACAACUUGAUCAUUUGGUAUUGAGGUUGCCUGACCAGCCGAAGGUUGGUUUCAGGCAGUUUGCAGGGUACAUAGAUGUGGAUGAGAAGACUGGCAAGAGUUUGUUUUACUAUUUUGUUGAAGCAGAGGGGAAUGCAAAGAAAAAACCCCUUACUCUAUGGUUAAAUGGAGGCCCGGGAUGUUCCUCAAUUGGUGGGGGUGCCUUUACCGAGUUGGGUCCAUUCUUUCCUAGAGGAGAUGGUCGAGGCCUUGUUAUAAAUCCAAAAUCAUGGAACAAAGUAUCAAAUCUCCUUUUUAUUGAGUCUCCUGCUGGGGUGGGAUGGUCUUACUCAAACACAACAUCAGAUUAUACUUGUGGGGAUGAAUCUACUGCGAGGGACAUGCACAUGUUCCUGGUAAAAUGGUUUGAUAAAUAUCCAGAGUACAAGUCGAGAGAUUUUUUUCUUACUGGAGAAAGCUAUGCAGGGCAUUAUAUACCACAAUUGGCAAAUGCUUUACUGGACCACAAUAUGCACUCAAAUGAUUUCAAGUUCAAGAUUAAGGGAGUAGCUAUUGGGAAUCCACUUCUCAGACUUGAUAGGGAUAUCCCAUCAGUCUAUGAGUUCAUUUGGUCACAUGGGAUGAUUUCAGAUGAGAUUGGCCUCACCAUCAUGAAUGAAUGUGAUUUUGAUGACUAUACCUACCCUAGUCCCCACAAUGAGACAGUCUCAUGCAAUGCUGCUAUUUCCAAAGCAAAUAAGGUGGUCGGAGAUUAUGUAAAUGGCUAUGAUGUGAUCGUUGAUGUCUGUUAUCCAUCUAUUGUGCAGCAGGAGCUAAGACUGCGAAAAAUGGCUACUAAGAUGAGUGUGGGGGUUGAUGUUUGCAUGACCUACGAGAGAAAGUUCUAUUUUAACCUUCCACAAGUUCAGAAGGCUCUUCAUGCAAACCGUACCAAGUUACCAUAUGAGUGGUCAAUGUGCAGUAAUGUACUGAAUUACAGUGAAACUGAUGGCAACAUUAACAUUCUCCCUUUGCUGAAGAGGAUAAUCAAACAUCAUAUACCUGUCUGGGUUUACAGUGGGGACCAGGAUUCUGUUGUACCACUGAUGGGCUCAAGGACACUCGUAAAAGAACUCGCUCAUGAUCUGAACUUCAAGGUCACAGUUCCAUAUGGAGCUUGGUUUCACAAAGAUCAGGUUGGAGGUUGGGCUACUGAGUAUGGAAAUUUAUUGACUUUUGCCACAGUUAGAGGUGCUGCUCAUAUGGUCCCCUAUGCACAACCUGGAAGAGCUUUUCAUUUGUUUAGUUCAUUUGUGCAUGGAAAGCGAUUACCAAAUACAACUAAAAUUCCCAUGACUGAUUGAAAAGCUUGGACCAAUACCAGUGAAUAAUUUGUUAGUGUUAUAUUUUUAUCAGUUCUUUUAUCCUCUGUUGGAGAAAGGAGUGGCGAGGGAAGGGAUGAAGUAUAGUUGAGUAUUUCAGAUGUAACCUUGGAUGGAAUCAGGGCAGGAUCUUAAAUGUUAUAAAAGAUGGCACUGAUAAAUUCAUGAUGGUUUUAGGCUUGAAAUGGGGAAGAUCCAAUCAAAUGUGGAUGAGGUUGUGGA